AUGAUGCUGAAGCAGCAUGAAGCGAUGGGUAAGGUAACUUUCAGUGCCUGCGUCUCUGCGUGUGAGAAGUGUCGCAAGUGGCAGUAUGCGGUGGAUCUGUUGUCUCAGAUGGAUCGCAAGAGGGUGGCCAAGAAUUUAAUUACCUACGGUGCUUGCAUCAGUGCAUGCGCUGCUUGUGGCCAAUGGGAGCAGUCGCUGGGUUUGUUGCACGACAUGCGAUCUGCCGAGAUUUUUCCCGACCUGGUGGCCUGCAACGCCUGCAUUACCAGUUUUGCCCCACAAGCCCAGUGGCAACUUGCAGUGGGGCUGCUGCAAGACAUGCCUGGUUUGAGACUAAACCCCGAUGUGAUUUCCUUCAGCGCGGCCGUCGGGUCAUGCGAGGAAAGUCGGCAGUGGCAGCAGGCCCUGCACCUCUAUGAGCAGAUGCGACGCCAAAGUGUUCGGCUUGACGAUUUCGGACACAACGCCUUGAUUGGAGCCUACUCGCGAGCUGGGAAGUGGGACUUGGCUCUGCAGAUGCUCUCCUUGAAGAGAUCAAGCAGAUACCCGGUGGGCGUCCACGCCUGCAGCGCGUCGGUGAGCGUUUGCGAGAGGGCCGGCCGGUGGCAGGAGGUGCUUCAGCUGUGGCCCACCUUGCAACAGGUCCAGGAGGAGGCCAACCGGGAGGACGGUGAACUCUACGAGCUCCACUCCGUGGGCCCUGAGGACAUCACACGACACCUCGAGAGGGCCCUGGAGUUGCAGUGGCUGGUGGGGUAUCCUUUCCUUGCAGCAGGCCAAGAUCAGCUCACACACGGCUUCUACAAGUACAUUGCAGGCAUGCAGGCUCUCUGCGCUCGGGAGCUUUACCGGUUGGUUCCUGAGUCGAAGACGGUUAUGGACAUGUUCUGCGGAUCGGGCACUGUGCUCGUGGAGGGCUGCGUGGCCGGCAAGCACGUGGUUGGCUGCGACGUGUCUCCACUGGCGCUCUUCGCUGCCGCUCACCACGCGGAUGCGCGACACCUUGAUCUGGAGAUCUUCUUGAAGAGAAGCCGCGCGCUCACGCACGCCCUGCGGCUGAAGCGCCAGAGCUGGGACUUCCUAAGGUGCCAAAUCGCAUGCCAAGAGCCCGGCCCUGUGCAGGAUGCUCUCCACUUCGUGCUGCUGGUUGCCUUGACGCGAGCUCGGGAUCGGACGUAUCUGCACACGUCCUCCAAGGAGUGGGGGAAAGACGAAGCAAACGCGGGGAGCUCUGAUGGAGGCCCUGAGGAUGAUCUGGCGCCGUCGCUGUUCCAUGGGAUGUCCCAGCUCUUCGCAGCCCGCGUCCGGUCACUGCGGGCCGCGAUGCCCAGAAGAAGUCAGGUGCAGAUUCAUCGCUGCGACAAUCGAGUUCUGCAGCUCCAAGAGCCCGUGGACUCCAUUAUCACGGGACCUCCCUACCCGGGAGUGUAUGAUUAUCACGCGCCGGCCAGCGCGACCGCUGAUCUGCUGGGCGCCCAGGUGCUGUACGACUUCUGCGCGCCAGGCCGCAGUGUGGGUGGCGGCCGGGCCCCGACCCUGGAAGACCACCUCGACCACCUCUCCUCCCAGUACGCCCCAGGAAGGGAGAUCGGGCAAAAUAGCCAGCUUCGAGAAGCCUCGGACUACGCGUCCAAGUGGCGGGCCGAGCAAGAAGCAUGGCUUGCCUCGGCUUGCAGGAACCUGCGCUCCGGGGGCACGGCCACGCUGAUGAUCGGCGAUGGGGAUCGGUUUGCUGUGGGCGACGGCAAGUUCGACAACCUGAAACCCACUGUAGAGGCUGCCGAAAAGGUGGGCUUCCGACUGCUGGCAACAGCUUCCAUCAUUGGUAAGAGCAGGCAUCCCACCCAACCGAGAGGAAUGAAGAGAACUGAGCACAUGGUGCACCUGCUGAAGCCGGGGUGA